AUGACGACUCUAAUGUUUGUGGCCACUUUGUAUCUGAAGCUCUUGCUAUUGGCCAGCUUGGACAAGACAUCAUUUGCCCAGGAACUCCAACUAAUCGAGGGUAGAAAUCUCACAAAUUUUGGCAAAGCACCUGUAAUCGGAUGGAGAACCAAUGUGUAUGAAUCGGAACUAAAUCAGGAGGACAAGAGUCUCAUAGGCUAUUUAUCGCUGACAAAGUUAAAGAUCUAUUCCGCUGACUUGGAGCUGGCACUUGGUGUCCUGUUGGCCUAUGAGAUAAAGGAGGAAGAUGUCAUCGGAGGAGAACCUCUACGAGUUAUGAGGGAGUUUCUUGACAGCCUGUGCAUCCUGAAACCCCUAAGCACACCAAAGAAACUUCAGUUUCUUGUAGACUUUAAGCAAUUUCUGCACUGCGGCUUUCGAUUUUUUGGAUACGAGAUACACGAAUGGAUCGUUGCUUACGAGGAGGAAAAUGGAAAGGUCUUCACUGCCACGGACUAUGUGGGAUGCCACGGCUCAAAGCCGGAAUUACGGGGCUACACCUGCACCCUAUGGCAGCUCUUUCACUUCAUGACCGUCCAGGGAUCCGACCUUGAAGAGGGGUACUUCAGGCCCUACUACGAAGCUGGCGAUAUGAUAAAGCUGAUUAUGAGGUUUGUCAAGAAUUUCUACACCCGUUGCCCGGAUUGCUGUGAGUUCUUUGUGGACAUGGCAGAUGAGAAGAAAUACAAAUGGUUUGAGUACCAUGACGAUGAGAUCAUGUGGCUGUGGGAGUUUCACAAUGCCUUUAGCAGAAAAUUGGCCGGCUCUGGCCAAGAUCCAUUCUUCAAGAAAAUUGCCUUUCCCAAGAAAAAGGACUGCAAUAAGUGUAUCACCAAAAAGAAGAGAUGGCGAAAAGAUGUUAUAUUAAGGAAGGCGAGUCGAGAACAGUAA